GCCAAACAUCCCAACCUCGUUUAGAGACAUGUCGCUGUCUUCCGUCCCGUGAACGACAUUAGAACUACGCGCCUCGAGGCUUUACACCAUCGUGCCUCGGCCCUUUGAGGCGCCCCACCGUCCGGAACCUGCAAGAGUACUGCAACUGGUGGUCGAAUCGUAACAAUGGCUUUCCUUCGACAUACCUGGACACUUACGAAGAAGAACUUGAAGGUUGUCUUCCUCCGAGCAUGGUUCUUCACGAGUGUUCGUGCCUUCUGGGCACCAAUCAUUUUUAUGUUCUUUAUUACUUACGCAAAGAAUUUCUUCGUACCUCCGUCUGAAUAUGGUAUUGGCAGACCUGUUCCAAUUCGAAGCUUUACCGACGCCCUCAACGACGCCCAAGGAAAUCGCGACACUGUUGUAUUCAUAAACAAUGGACACACCGGAGGUGACAUCGAGCAGGUCAUCAACAAUCUGGCGGAUACGGUACGAGGUGCCGGGAAGAUAGCACAAGUUGCGGAACAGGACUCGGAUCUUCUUACAAUUUGCGAAAGCUCCCUUCGUGGCGCAAGUACCUGCUUCGGAGCUAUCAAUUUUCAUUCGUCGCCUUCUGAGGGAGAGGGCCAGGGUUGGAAUUACACCCUGCGUGCCGAUGGCUCACUUGGAGAUCGUAUUUUCGUGGAUAGGACAAACAACGAUGUCGAGAUUUAUGUCUUGCCACUCCAGAAGGCCGUAGACUCGGCUAUCGCAUCCCUCAAUGGAACCAACCAGAUCGAAACCAUCGACGAAUACCCUUAUACCGAGCGGACUCCAGAAGAGCUGGCCGAGAGGAUACGAACUCUGUACAUGGGAGCGCUGAUUGAUAUUAUGGCAGUCGCAAUCUACAUUGGUGUCUGUGGUGUAACAUAUCAAUUGACUGGACAGAUGGCUCUGGAGCGAGAACAGGGUGUUUCUCAACUUGUGGAAGCCAUGACCCCCGCAAAGAAGACCUGGUUUAUCCAAGCUGCUCGUCUGCUUUCAAACCACCUAGCUUUUUCCAUAAUCUACUUGCCUGGGUGGGUCAUUAUGGCUAUCAUUAUUCGUCAGCUCGCAUUUGUCACGACAAGUGUUGGGAUACUCAUUAUAUUUCAUGUUCUCGCUGGUCUUGCCCUUACAAGUUUCUCGAUUCUCGGUGCUAGUUUGUUCCGCAAGGCACAACUCUCCGGUAUCACCAUCGUCAUCGUGGGAAUCAUUCUUGCCAUCAUCUGUCAACUUGCUGGACCGUUCAACACUGCGGCGGUAGCUGUUCUCAGCCUGCUGUUCCCGCCGAUCAACUACGUAUUUUUCAUCAUUUACGUUGCACGGUUCGAGCGCGAACUGCAGCCGACUAACUUAGCUAAGGGCGCUCCUGACUACAAAGACCAUACAUGGACUCUUCCGGGAAUUGCUUUCUGGAUAUUCCUGAUUAUUCAGACAGUCGCAUUCCCUGUACUCGGCGCGAUCAUAGAAAGGGCGCUAUAUGGAACGAUCUCUAAGGAGCGCAAAACCAGCACUUCUUCCCCGGACCACUCUAUCAUCUUGAGAAACUUCUCAAAGCACUGGACGCCAAGCUGGUUCCGGGCUAAUGUACUAUCGAAAUUUGGCAUCAAGCCACCAGAGACUGUCAUAGCCGUCAAUGACUUCAGCAUCAAGGCACGCAGAGGGCAGAUCAUGGUUCUGCUCGGAGCCAACGGCAGUGGAAAAUCUACUACUUUGGACGCCAUUUCAGGUCUCAAUACUAUAACAAAUGGAUCGAUUGAAAUCGACGGUACUGGUGGUCUUGGACUUUGCCCACAGAAAAAUGUCAUGUGGGAUGAGCUCACCGUACUCGAACAUGUUCAAAUCUUCAAUCGGUUGAAGUCUGCAAGCAAGGGUGAAUCGAAAGAGACACUGAUCAAGCUCAUCCGUGCGUGCGACCUGGGACAUAAAAUCAACGCCCAGUCCAAAACGCUAUCCGGCGGACAAAAGCGAAAGUUGCAGCUUGCCAUGAUGUUUACUGGUGGCAGUCGAGUGUGCUGUGUUGAUGAGGUUUCUUCAGGCCUUGAUCCGCUCUCUCGCAGGAAGAUUUGGGAAAUUCUCUUGUCUGAACGUGGCGACCGAACGUUCUUAUUGACUACACAUUUCUUGGAUGAAGCCGAUGUGCUAGCUGACUAUAUUGCCAUUCUUUCUCGGGGUAACCUGAAGACGAAGGGUACGUCUGUCCAGCUCAAACAUGAAGUUGGAGCCGGUUAUCAUGUAACGAUCCCAAAGAACGUGGAAAUUGUACCUCCCGGAGGCGGUGUUCGGAAACCUCCACCAGCUGAUGGCAAGACUAUGUAUUGGUUCCCGGAUGGUAUGGAAGCGACCAAGUACAUCACCCAACUUCGCGAAGGCGGCAUCAAAGACUACGAUUUCAUUGGACCAACCCUCGAAGACGUCUUCCUUGCCCUAGCAGAGGAGGUAAAGGAGAACAAACUCGAUCAGGAAAUGGGUUCGACUGCUAUUGAGGCUCAUUCGAAAGAUGCCGAAGCCAAUGGAUCGUCAGAACAAGUCUCGGAUCUGGAUAAGGGUGUCAACAUGUCUAAAGGCAAAGGUACAUCAAUGGUACAGCAGACCUGGAUCCUGAUGUUGAAACGUUUUACCAUCCUUCGUCGCAACAUGCUUCCGUAUGUUUGCGCGUUCUUCCUGCCAGUCAUCACUGCUGGGCUCGUCACACUCUUCUUGAAGGACUACAAGGCUGUGGGAUGUGAUCCAGCUGCUCAGGCGAAUGACCCAGAAGUUUUCUCACUGGCCUCUGUUGAUCGUUCCAUCCUCAUUCCUGUAGGACCGGGUGGCCUCGUCGAUACAGACUACAUUGCACAACGCGCUGGGAUCGAUACCUCCUCCUUCCACAUUGUUAACACUUUCGAUGAUUUCAACAAUUUCGUCGCAACAAGAUUCCGAAACAUCACUCCUGGUGGUUUCUUUCUCCAAGAGAAUGGCCCUCCAACGAUGGCUUACGUCGCUAACGGCGGUGUAAUCGGUGGUCUUGUAACUCUCAACGCACUCGACAACAUCUUGUCGAACACUACCAUUUCUACCCAGUAUCAACAAUUUGCCGUGCCAUUUGCACCAGGUAUUGGUGAUACGAUGCAGCUAGUCCUGUACUUUGGACUUGCUAUGUGCGUGUAUCCCGCUUUCUUUGCAUUAUACCCAACAGUCGAACGUUUGAGAAAAGUUCGUGCUUUGCAUUACAGCAAUGGUAUUCGUGCUGCUCCUCUUUGGCUCGCAUAUCUGUCUUUUGACUUCUGUUUCAUUGCGCUCAUCAGCGCUAUUACGACGGGUAUCUUCGUAGGUGCUUCAAGCGCAUUUUACGCACCAGGAUACAUAUUCGUCAUCUUCUUUCUGUAUGGAUUGACGUCGACGCUCUUUUGCUACCUUAUCUCCAUCGUUGUUACUUCACAACUUGCAGCCUUUGCCUUUGCUGCCGGUGGUGCAACGUCUUUGUUUUUGAUUUACUUCAUCGGAUAUAUGAGCAUCUUGACUUACGCUCCCGCGUACAACAUCGAUAACUAUCUUAGCAUAUUCAACUGGGCAUACUCUACCAUUGCCCCGUCCGGCAUCCUUCUCCGGACACUUCUCCUCUCAUUGAACAUGUUUGCCUUAUUAUGCAAGGACACCGAGGUUGCAUCCUAUCCUGGAGCGCUGGAUGUUUAUGGCGGCCCUAUUUUGUAUCUCAUUGUUCAGGGUAUCAUUCUAUUCAUUACCUUGGUAUGGUGGGAUAGUGGCUACAAGCCCCCUUUCCUUGCUGGCAGCAAGUCAAAGGCCAAACAUACGGAAGAAAAUAUUGAUGGUCACGUUCCCGCCGUGGCUGCAGAGAUUCAACGCGCAGAGAAUUGUGCAGAUAGCUUACGCGUUCUGCAUCUUCAAAAGACAUUCGGAACCAACCACGCUGUAAACGAUAUCACCUUCGGCAUCCCACAAGGACAAGUUUUUGCUCUCUUGGGACCCAACGGCGCCGGAAAGAGCAGUACAAUAUCCUUGAUCAGAGGCGACAUUCAUCCGAAUAGGAAUGGAGGCGAUGUUCAGAUCGAGGGAAUCAGUAUUGUAGCGAAGCGAGCUGCCGCAAGAGGCCACCUUGGUGUUUGUCCUCAAUUCGAUGCGAUGGACAGCAUGACCGUUCGUGAACAUUUGACCUUCUAUGCGCGUGCUCGAGGCGUGGCUGAUAUUGCUACCAACGUCGAAGCUGUGCUUGCUGCUACUGGCCUCAACCGCUUUUCGGACCGUCUUGCGAACAAGCUAUCUGGUGGUAACAAGCGAAAGCUUUCUCUCGGAAUCGCAUUGAUGGGCAAUCCUUCCGUCCUUCUUCUCGACGAACCCAGCUCCGGUAUGGACGCGGCUGCAAAGAGAGUGAUGUGGCGCACCCUUCUUGGUGUUGCUGCACCUGGCCGAGCCCUACUGAUUACCACUCACUCUAUGGAAGAGGCAGACAAGCUUGCGACUCGUGUAGGUAUCAUGAAACGCAAGAUGCUGGCUCUUGGUUCUGUCAAUGAAUUGGGCAAACAGUACGGCGAUGCUUGGGUUGUCCAACUCGUGUUGAAGUCAGCGCCAGAGACGACCGAAGCCGAGAUGGAGAAUGUCAAAGAAUGGGUACGACACAACAUACCCGGCGUCCAGCUCGACAAAUGGGGAUGCCGAGGUGGUGGUCACGGACAAUUGCGCUUCAAGGUUCUUAAAGCUGCUACUGCUCCUGGAGCUUCCGAGACUGCACAAGCAGACGGACAGCUCAAUGAGAAGUCCACAGCUGCAGAUACAAUCCAACAACUCCCCUCCAACACUACCGAAAACAAUGUUGUCCAGAGAACACUUACAGGUCCGGAUGGAAUCGGCGGUAUCCCAGGCCUUAUCCAAAUCCUCGAGUCCGUUCGCGAAGACCUCGGCCUUGAAUACUACUCCGUCAGUCCCACGACCCUCGACGAGGUCUUCCUUCGAGUCGUCGGCGAGGAGGAAGAGGAAGAGCCUAAAAAGAAGUCGCUGCUGAAGGGCAGGUUCUCUGGGAAGGGGUGCCUAGGCUUCUGCAUACCAGGCUAAGACAAAUCAUAGAAGCACGAAACAGCCACAGGCAAGGGGCAGCGUGGGAAUUUUCUUUGUUGAUACCUAUUACUUGCU